AUGGCCGCUGUUGCUGGAAUAUCCCUCAAUCACGUUUCCCGAGAAUCAUCGGAUGUUAAACGCUUGGCAAAAUUCUACACAGAGGUAUUCGGAUUUGAGCAAGUGGAAAGUCCGAAAUUCGGUUUUGAAGUAAUAUGGUUGAAGCUGCCCGGGAACCCGUCUUUGUUCCUCCAUCUAAUUGAGAGGGAUCCUUCUACAAAGCUUCCUGAAGGUCCAUGGAGUGCUUCUUCACCCGUGGCUGAUCCUAAGAAUCUGCCCAGAGGUCACCAUGUUUGCUUCUCUGUCCCCAAUUUCGACGCUUUUAUUGAAACCCUUAAGGAGAAGGGAAUCCAAAUGCAUCAGACGACUCAACCAGAUGGGAAAACCAAGCAAGCGUUCUUCUUUGAUCCAGAUGGUAAUGGCUUAGAGAUGAGCCAAGAACAACCAAGAAGGGAUCAGGAACCGAUCAAGUACGGAGACGUUUUUCAAGUCUCCGGCGAGCUUGCGGAAAAGCCAAUUGCACCACAGGAUGCUUCAAUGAUGCAAACAGCCGAAUCCAGAGUCCUCGGACACACACAAAAAGGCGGUCCGGCCGCCGCCAUGCAAUCCGCCGCCACAAUCAACGAAAGGGCCGGCCUUGUCAGUCACGAUGACGUCACCGAUUUCGCCGGCGAACGUGGUGUCAGUGUCACCGAGACUGACCUCCCCGGAACCCGUAUAAUCACGGAAUCAGUCGCCGGCCAGGUUGUAGGCCAAAUCGUGCAACCGACUCCGGUUGCGAAUCAGAGUUCUGCAGGAUCUGGAAUUGGGUACCCGGAUAUACAAACGGGUUAUGCCGCCAGUGCUGCCGGAAUAACCAUUGGACAAGCUUUGGAGGCAGCGGCACAAACAGCCGGAGACAAGCCGGUGGAACAGAGUGAUGCUGCUGCAAUACAAGCUGCGGAAGUUAGAGCCACCGGCACGAACGUCGUCGCGCCCGGCGGGAUUGCUGCCACCGCACAAGCCGCAGCUUCCUAUAAUGAGUCACAGCCAUUAUUAAAGGACGAGGACAAAGUGAAAAUCGGCCAUGUUUUGACUGGGGCGACUGAAAAGUUGGCGUCGGAUAAGGUGGCGACAAGGGAAGAUGCCGAAGGCGUUGUUGGAGCUGAGCUGAGGAAUAAUCCUGAAUUGGCCACUCAUCCUGGAGGAGUUGCGGCUUCUGUGGCCGCUGCAGCGAGGCUUAAUGAAAGGCAAACUUCUUGA